GCAUUCGAACUGGCAACAGGAAAUGAAUCACUGUUGAAGAUAGACAAAGAAGAACAUUUUGUUGUCCUCCAGUCCAGUGCUGUAGCUUCACGUGGGGAAAAGUAGCAUUAGCAACAUUGCCCGUUGACGAGGAAAUAAAGCAAAAAACCUACACAAAUGGACGGUGUCGUAAAACCAAAGACGAGGCAAUCUAAGCGUUUCUUGGAAAGCAGAGCACCAAAGUUGACAGAGAAUGUUAAGAACGCAAUGAUAAUGAAAGGAGGAAACACCAGUCAGGUUGUGUCACAGACCUUGAAAAAUAUAUACUCCCUUAAGAAACCUACCGCUUUGCUGUACAAAAAGAAGAACAUAACGCGGCCAUUUGAAGACUCAACAUCGAUGGAGUUUUUCUCCAAGAAGACCGACUGCUCUCUGUUUCUGUUCGGCUCUCACAACAAGAAAAGACCCAACAACCUUAUCUUCGGUCGUCUCUUUGACUUCCACGUCCUUGAUAUGAUUGAACUCGGGAUCGAAAAGUACAUGUCACUAAGCGAUGUAAAGGGGAAAACUUGCCCUGAAGGAACCAAACCCAUGCUUGUGUUUGCCGGAGACUCUUUUAACACGGAUAAUGAAUACAAACGCCUAAAAAGCCUACUGAUAGACUUCUUUAGAGGCCCAACUGUGUCUGCGGUCCGUCUGGCUGGUUUGGAACACGUACUGCACUUCACUGCCCUGGAUGGAAAGAUCUACAUGCGCAGCUACAGGUGUUUACUAAAGAUGUCUGGCUGUAGGACACCAAGGAUAGAGCUGGAGGAGAUAGGUCCAUCCUUGGACCUCGUCUUAAGAAGAACCCAUCUUGCUUCCGAUGACUUGUACAAGCUGGCCCAUAAACAACCCAAGGCCCUUAAACCCAAGAAAAAGAAGAACAUUUCCCACGACGUCUUUGGCACAAAGUUUGGCCGAGUGCACAUGCAGCCACAGGAUCUGACCAAGCUGCAAACGCGCAAGAUGAAGGGCCUGAGAAAGAGAAAAGGUGAAGCGAUGGCAGACGAGGGAAAAAAGGCCAAAAUAGUUAACGGACAGAGUUGAACUUGCCGCCGCUAAGCCCACCACCUAAGGUCAAUUACCGGUCAAAACGGUUCCCAGCACGUCUGCCAUCCUCUGCCUUUUUGGUGUGCGGAAAAUGUAGGUGGUUCGAAGGUCUGAAGAUUCUGCUGCACCUAUUGUGUUUGUUUCCCUCUGCUCUUUGGCCUCUUGCAUGUGACGUUGUGAUUGCGUCACAUCGGUUGCCAGGGGGAAAAACAAUGCUGGCUUGUGUUGGGGGAAGGAAAACAAACAAACAAACAAUCGGUUGAUGUUUAAUGACAUUCUCCUCGAAGAAAAUUUUCUUAAGUAAAGGCUUCCUUGUCAGCUAUUGCUUCCGCUAAUCUUUCACUUUUAUUCCCAGCCUGUGUUAGCUAUUAGCAUAAAUAAACUGAUUUCGAAUGUCUUAUUUCCGGCGCCUCUUUUUUUCUGUACAUGUAUCAUUUGGCAGUUUCUCUAAAUUACGAGACUUGUUGCCCAUUGGGUCGAGGUGACCCGGUGGUUGCUAAUAUACCUUUGUGUGUAUGUGUACUGCACGACUUGUCCUACUGUUCCUACUUUAUUUUUUAUUUGACCAGAUUCCCGAAUAAAAGGUGUUACACAGCUCAA